AUGGAGAGAGCAUGGAACCCAAGUGUUGAGAUGUCACCCAACUGUCCACGUUGUGGAUCUUCCAACACCAAGUUCUGCUACUACAACAACUACAGCCUCACUCAGCCCAGGUACUUCUGCAAAGGUUGCCGGAGGUACUGGACGAAAGGUGGCUCUCUCCGGAAUGUCCCCGUCGGCGGCGGUUGCCGGAAAAACAGGCGGGGCAAGACCAUACGUAUAUCCUCCAGCGCUGCUACUUCAUCAGCUUACCUUGCCGCUGCCAGCAGCCCUUUUGGGAGUGGAUUGUCGUGUGGUUCUAUGUUGAGAGACAGCAAUAGUUCCUUGGCCGAUCCAAGUAGCUCGUCUAAUGGCAGCUCGCAUAUUGAUCUUGCCCUCGUCUAUGCGAAUUACUUGAAUCAGAAGCCCGAACCGGCACACGAAGAGUUGGCCGGUGGUGAAUCCGAUCACCACGACAGUCAGCCUCUGGCAAAUUCAAAGCAAGUUCACGACUUGGACAAUGUCGAAUUGAUGCAUGGAAAUGAGCUUCUUGGAUGCGAGUUCAUUUCUGAGCUUUUUUCUGAGACUCACUUGAGCAAUGGAAAUAACCAGAUGUACCAUCAACCUCAUCAUCAAGCAGGUGACUCUAACAAUCUUAACGGGAUCAUUGAUCAGAUUCAGUCGUGUGAUGGUGGUGAUGCGAGCUACUUUGGCGGGUUGCCACCUUUGCCAAGCCAAGGGGGCGGCACGUGGUUGAAUGACCCUGACCAUUUGAUGAUGAAUCAUGGGUUUGCGAGCACAGAGCUCAUGCCAGUUCUUGGUCCAGAGGCUAAUCCAGAUCUCUUGGCCAGUAACUGGAGGGAAUUUGAUACUUCUAUACAGGAUGCUACUUUCUCCGGGAAUUGA